GAGGUUAUGUUGUCAUUUCUCUGAUUUUCUUGAUCUGUAAGAGACUCGUUCGCUGCAGCUUGAGAAUUAGCUUUGACCACAGGCGGUCUGGACUGGGACUCGUGAGGGCUCUUCUCCAGUUGGAGCUGACAUUUGACUGCAGGAUGACUUUAGCGGCUAAAUUAGAGGAUAUUGAAGUGACACUGGAACACCUACUGAUGGAUGUGUUCAUGACGGAGGGCCGCAGAUGCCAAGUGCAUCUCCUCGAUGACAGGAAGCUGGAGCUCCUUGUUCAGCCAAAGCUUUUGGCGAAGGAGUUGCUUGACCUGGUGGCAUCUCACUUCAACCUGAAGGAAAAAGAAUACUUUGGAAUUGCAUUCACAGAUGAAACGGGGCACUUGAACUGGCUGCAGCUGGACCGCCGAGUGCUGGAGCAUGACUUCCCCAAGAAGUCAGGGCCCGUGGUGCUGUACUUCUGUGUCAGGUUCUACAUUGAAAGCAUCUCCUACCUAAAGGAUAACGCCACCAUUGAGCUGUUCUUCUUGAAUGCCAAGUCCUGCAUCUACAAGGAACUCAUUGAGGUUGAUAGCGAAGUGGUGUUUGAACUGGCUGCCUACAUCUUGCAGGAGGCAAAAGGAGAUUUUUCAAGCAACGAAAUUGUACGGAAUGAAUUAAAGAAGCUGCCAGCCCUUCCAACCCCAGCRCUGAAGGAGCACCCUUCGCUUGCCUACUGUGAGGACCGAGUCAUUGAACAUUACAAGAAACUAAAUGGCCAGACGAGAGGUCAAGCAAUAGUGAAUUAUAUGAGCAUCGUGGAAUCUCUCCCGACAUAUGGAGUGCAUUACUAUGCAGUAAAGGACAAGCAGGGAAUUCCUUGGUGGUUAGGACUUAGCUACAAAGGGAUUUUUCAAUACGACUACCACGACAAAGUGAAACCCAGAAAGAUCUUCCAAUGGAGGCAGCUGGAGAACCUCUAUUUCCGCGAGAAGAAGUUCUCGGUGGAGGUGCACGACCCGCGCAGGGCRUCUGUGACCAGGAGGACCUUUGGGCAUAGUGGCAUCGCUGUGCACACCUGGUACGCCUGCCCAGCGCUGAUAAAGUCCAUCUGGGCUAUGGCCAUUAGUCAACAUCAGUUCUAUCUGGACAGGAAGCAGAGCAAGUCCAAGAUCCACGCCGCACGGAGCCUGAGCGAGAUUGCAAUCGACCUGACCGAAACUGGAACGCUCAAGACCUCCAAGCUGGCCAACAUGGGGAGCAAAGGCAAAAUCAUCAGCGGCAGCAGCGGGAGCCUCCUGUCAUCAGGUUCCCAGGAGUCCGAUAGUUCCCAGUCUGCCAAGAAGGACAUGCUGGCGGCRCUGAAAUCCAGGCAGGAGGCUUUGGAGGAGACGCUGCGCCAGCGCCUGGAGGAGCUGAAGAAGCUGUGUCUCCGGGAAGCGGAGCUCACAGGGAAGCUGCCACGGGAAUAUCCCCUGGAUCCCGGGGAGGAGCCACCCAUUGUAAGGAGAAGAAUAGGAACUGCCUUCAAACUGGAUGAGCAGAAAAUCCUGCCUAAGGGAGAGGAGGCCGAGCUGGAGCGCCUGGAGAGGGAGUUUGCCAUUCAGUCUCAGAUCACGGAGGCCGCCCGGCGCCUGGCGAGCGACCCGAACGUCAGCAAGAAGCUGAAGAAGCAGAGGAAGACGUCCUACCUGAACGCUCUGAAGAAGCUGCAGGAGAUCGAAAACGCCAUCAACGAGUACCGCAUCAAAUCCGGGAAGAAGCCAACCCAGAGGGCAUCCCUCAUCAUAGAUGAAGGAAACAUUGCCAGUGAAGACAGCUCCCUGUCGGACGCCCUUGUUCUCGAGGAUGAGGAUUCUCAGGUCACCAGCACAAUAUCCCCUCUGCAGUCCCCGCACAAGGGACUCCCUCCCCGGCCGCCCUUGCACAACAGGCCGCCUCCUCCGCAGUCCCUGGAGGGCCUCCGGCAAAUGCAUUAUCACCGCAACGACUACGACAAGUCGCCCAUCAAGCCCAAGAUGUGGAGCGAGUCAUCCCUGGACGAACCCUACGAGAAGGUCAAGAAACGCUCCUCACACAGUCAUUCCAGCAGCCACAAGCGGUUCCCCAGCAGUGGGAGCUGUGCUGAGGCGGGCGGGAGCAGCUCCCUGCAGAACAGCCCCAUCCGGAGCCUUCCCCACUGGAAUUCCCAGUCCAGCAUGCCAUCGACGCCCGAUCUGCGGGUGCGCAGCCCGCACUACGUCCACUCCACACGGUCCGUAGACAUCAGCCCGACCAGACUGCACAGCUUAGCUCAGCACUUUAGGCACCGGAGCUCCAGUUUGGAGUCGCAGGGCAAGCUCCUCGGGUCAGAGAAUGAGACAGGGAGCCCCGAUUUCUACACCCCAAGGACUCGUAGCAGUAACGGCUCCGACCCCAUGGAYGACUGCUCCUCCUGCACCAGCCACUCGAGCUCCGAGCACUACUACCCCGCUCAGAUGAACCCCAACUACUCCACGCUGGCCGAGGACUCACCCUCGAAAGCCCGAGAGCGGCAGAGGCAGAGACACAAAUCUGCGGGCAACCUGGUCUCCUCGAAUUCGGGGAGCAUGCCCAACCUGGCGGCGAGGAACGGCACGGGCCACCACCGCGUCUACCUGCACAGCCAGAGCCAGCCCUCCUCGCAGUACAGGAUCAAAGAGUAUCCCCUGUACAUCGAGGGCAGCUCCACGCCCGUGGUGGUGCGGAGCCUGGAGAACGACCAGGAGGGACACUACAGCGUGAAAGCACAAUUUAAAACCUCCAACUCCUACACGGCAGGGGGGAUGUUUAAGGAGAACUGGCACGGGGAUGAAGCGGACGCCGUGAGGCUGACGCCCUCCCGCUCCCAGAUCAUCAGGACUCCGUCUCUGGGCAGGGAGGGCCCCGAGAAGGGCUCGGGUAGGACUGCCGUGUCGGACGAGCUCCGGCUGUGGUACCAGCGCUCCACGGCCUCCCACAAGGAGCACAGCCGCCUCUCGCACACCAGCUCCACCUCCUCGGACAGCAGCUCCCAGUACAGCUCGUCCUCGCAGAGCACCUUUGUGGCGCACAGCAGGGUCACGAGGAUGCCUCCCAUGUGCAAAGCAACGUCAGCCGCGUUACCUCACGGCCAGAGGAGCUGCUCGCCGCCGGGCGAGCUCGCGGCCACGCCGCCCGCCAGCCCCCGACACAUCCUCGCCUGGCAGACAGGAGAAGGAACAGACAGCUCACCCACUAUGGAUGAGUCUCAGUCUCCAGCCCACCAAAGUACUGAUGAAUAGAGGAGCUACAACGAUAGCUGUUUCCUGGACGCUCCCC